AAUAAUCGUUAGCAACAGCCCUGACUGAAACUCAUUCAAAUUUAAAGCUGCUCAAAAUAAAGAAAGCAUCAAAUGGCUGAAUGUAAUUUGAGGUGUUGUGCACGUAGAGGCAUACACACAGAACACGAGGAAACGCAGUGGGAUUUGGACAUUCUUUGGAUAACAAAGCUAUAAGGAGCCUUCCAACAGAAACGAUCCAGGUCAAUAAGAGAAGCUGUUGUCUUAGCUGUAAACCUCACCAUGUUUUGUGCUUUCUUUUCUGUAGUAAACAACUACAUCAUAGAAAAAUCCAGACAGUGCAUAAGCACCAUGACAGCAGAGAUUGAUUUCUUGCGGAAGAGUGUGGACAGCAAACCCUACGACACGGACAGGAUGGCCUGCAAUUUCAUCCAGUGUUUCAAUAACCAGGUCUUCAGCGUUGGCCAGCAGCUGUGGUUUGGUUACUGUGACACUUUGUUUAGUAUAUGCAUAAAGGAUAUUGAGGCCAUGGACUCCUGCAUCCUCCCAAAGUCAGGAAAGGCUUCUGGCAGGAAAAAUAAGAUUGAGACAGGUCUGUUACUGGUGACUAGUGUGGUGAUUUUUAAAAAGUCUGAGAUGUCAUCCAUAAACCUGGUUGGGACAGGCAGAUUUCCUAUCAUCAGCCUAGACUGGAACCUUGAGAAGGUGGGUAUUGGUGGCCUUGAUAAGGAGUUUUAUGAAAUCUUCCUGAGAGCCUUCGCCUCCCGAGUCUUCCCUCCAGACAUAAUAGAAUGGAUCGGGUCAAGCCUGUCCAGUCCAGCCCGUUGGCUCCCCCACCUGCACCGCCUCCUCAACCCCGGCUCUUUGACGGUGGUCCGGUCUACACAGUGCGCCGCCUCCUGCAGUCCAGGCGUCGUGGCUGGGGUUUCCAAUACCUGGUGGACUGGGAGGGUUAUGGCCCUGAGGAGCGGUCCUGGGUCCCCUCACACCGCAUCGUAGACCCUUCUCUCAUCCGGGACUUCCAUCGGGUCCACCCGGAUCAGCCUGGGGUCCGUCUGGGGCCAUCUGUGGGGGGUGGGGUACUGUCAUGAUCCCGCCCCGUCUGCUUCCAGGAUCCUACUUUUAUUUUGGUACCACUUCCUGUCACCAGCUCAUCCACAACCCCAGUAACUUCAUCUCAUCAUGUACAUUGG